AUGUCUUCGGGUGCCCAGUGGAGCUUGAUGGGAGUGGAUUUCUCAAACCCCAACACGGACCUCGCAAUUCGAUCCAGCUUCACAAUUGUGGCAUACAAACAAGGAGAUCCUCUGUCACUGAGACAUGCGUGGGAGACAAAGACCUCCACGUACAGUCAAAAGAUUUCAGCCCUCAGAACCUGGCUGCAGGAAUGCCGCUCGCACACCACAGACGGCCAUAAUCACUGCCGCCCUGACCCCUUCACUCCACUGAGACUCAUUCGCGUUGGGGUUGACGGGUCACCGCCCCGGCUGGUUGAAACAGAGUCUCGAGAAGGUCAAGCGGAAUACGCAACUCUCAGCUACUGUUGGGGCGGAGAACUACCGCUCCGAACUCUGAAGCAGAGCCGAACCGAGCUCCUCAAAGAAAUCCCUGAACAGUGCCUACCCAGGACCUUUGGGGACGCCAUACAGAUGACACGCGACCUCGAGAUCCCCUACCUCUGGAUUGAUGCUCUGUGCAUUGUUCAGGACGACGAAGAUGAUUGGCAGGAACAAGCGGCAGAAAUGGACAGAAUAUACCAAGGUAGCCAGCUCACCAUCUCGGCUGUCGAUUCGACUGACUGCACCCAAGGCUGCUUUCCGGUAGACAACAGCGGGUGGCGAGAAGGCGAAAUGUUCUUCGAGACCCCAAACUACGGCGGAGAUGACUCCAGUCUGCUUGUCCGCAUCUAUCAAGGUGAUGUACGACACCGGGCCUCGAUAGAUACUCCUCUUAGCUAUCGAGGAUGGACGUUGCAGGAGCAGCUUCUCUCGCCGCGGGUUGUAUCUUGCAUGCAGCCUGAAGUCCAUUGGAAUUGCCUGGGGUCAUACCAAACAGAGUGCGGUCUGCAAUUUAGCAUGUCAACGAUGGACCGUCUCUACCGUCACUCGAAGGGAUGGAUAAUGCCCACAGCCACAGCUCUCAGAAGACCAGGUUCUUCGGGCAGUGUCUGGAGUCGUAUUGCUAACAACUACUCCAAACGGGAGUUCACGUUCUCCGGAGACAGGAUAGUAGCCUUGAUGGGGAUUGUACGCUACCUAUCCACAUGGUGGCAAGACGAGAACAUUCUAGGAUUGUGGAAGUCAAAGUUUGCCCAGGGACUGAUGUGGAUGCGCCGUGGUCCACAUCCGGAUCUUGAUUCUGAAUGCCUUACGAGAUCACUACCGUCCUGGAGCUGGCUUUCGUGCUCAGCAAUAGUGGAAUUCGACUUCUGGAACUGGGAUGCAACAGCCAAAGGAAAUGACAACUAUCAUAUCACAUUGUUGGACCACGCUGUUUGUUGGACUGGGAACCCCUAUACCUCAGCUGUCGACUUCGGUUCCACCUAUGUUCGAGUUGAGGGAUACAUGAAAGAUAUUGAAAUCACGCCUUGUGCUCGGGGAACGGUGUCCAACCCGCCUUUCUUCCAGGUUCUCGGAGAGACUUUGGACUUCGAAAACAAUCCGAGCCCGUGGCGUUGCAUGGGCAAUUUCGACUCGGGGGCGGUGAGCGAGUCCGCCACGUAUCCAUGCUUACUCCUCCGUUCAUGGCAAGCUGACGAGGAGGGAUCCACGCAUGAGAUCUUUCUGAUUUUGGAGCCAGUAGGGAAGCCGCAGGAUGCGAGGUAUCGCCGGAUAGGUCUGGCAAGAAUCCUUGGCGGACGGCCGACUUUUGAUACCAGCAAGAAAGUGUGCAUCACUUUGGUGUGA